AUGACUGAUAUCAAAAACCUGGGCAGAUUCCCCGACUAUGCCGCACUGAGCGCCCUGUCCAAGAUGGACUACGACUGGUGGAUCGAACUGGACAACACGUACCGGGACCGAAUCGAGCAACGAAAAGAACUCCGCCGAAAGUACAGGCACUUGGUGAUGGACAGUCUUCCUGGCUCAGAGAUGGCAUGCAGGGAGCUGAUGGAAAUGGUGGUGCAAUUUCUCUGCGCGCGAUAUCCUCACUACUUUUCCUGUGACGGGACAACCCUGCACAACGAGAUCCUCGGAGCGACGCAGAAUAUCACUACAUCCCGUCCGCUGGACGUCCUCUUUGACCAUGUGCCUGAAGACUUCGCAAUCAUGAUACGCGACAGCCAGACUGGCGAGUACUUCUUCCGUGCAGGUAUCAUCUGCGCAUCGAUGGGAUGGACCCUCGGUGAUAAACUGGGUCUUGGACUGGAUCAAAUUCACGAGCCGGUUCCUGACUAUCAGGAACGGAUGGGGUUUUCAAUGAAGCGAUACUUCGCCAAGAUGCCAACAGAUAAACCUAUUCAACGCGGGGCUUGGAGCAUCGAAGCGGGAAAGACUCUUCUCCUUCCAAAGGAUCAUCCCGAGAUCCUGAAAGAACCUCACCAGGAUCCGGACCUUUCAUUGGAGGACUGCUAUCUUCGGGUGGAUUGGCAGACGCUCCGUCGGCUGCCAUUGUCCGGUGCGGUGGUGUUCAAUUUCAAGGCACAUUUCACCCCGGUCGUUGAGUUUCGGGAUGAGCCAGGGAUUCCACGUCUCUUGCUGAAAAUAUUGAAGGAUAGCAAGAGGUCCCUUUUGGAAUAUAAGAAGACGUGGCCUGUCGAGCACGUUGUUGUUCCGCACUUGGAGCAGUGGGCCGAGGAACAGGAAAAUGUAGGACUAGUGGUUAAAGAGUCGGAAGUAUCCACGUUAGAGGACAGUCCGUACUUUCCGGGCUGGGAGGCCAAAUGGCGUCGUCAGCAGGGCUUUUAG